AUGCCUGAAGCACAACCUUACAACACCACACCACAUCCAUACUAUGGCAGACGUCCCUAUUACUACGCCACACCACAUCCUUACUAUAGGAGACCACAUCCCUUCUACUACACCACACCAAGUCCUUACUCCAAAAGACCACGUCCCUACUACUACGCCACACCACGUCCAUACUACUACGCCACACCAACUCCCUACUAUGGCAGACGUCCCUAUUACUACGCCACACCACAUCCUUACUACAAAAGACCACGUCCAUAUUAUGGCAGACGUCCAUACUACUAUGCCACACCGACUCCCUACUAUGGCAGACGUCCCUAUUACUACGCCACACCACAUCCUUACUACAAAAGACCACGUCCAUAUUAUGGCAGACGUCCAUACUACUAUGCCACACCGACUCCCUACUAUGGCAGACGUCCCUAUUACUACGCCACACCACAUCCUUACUACAAAAGACCACGUCCAUAUUAUGGCAGACGUCCAUACUACUAUGCCACACCGACUCCCUACUAUGGCAGACGUCCAUACCACUACGCCACACCAACUCCCUACUAUGGCAGACGUCCAUACUACUACGCCACACCACGUCCCUACUACUACGCCACACUGACUCCCUACUAUGGCAGACGUCCAUACUACUACGCCACACCACGUCCCUAUUACUACGCCACACCACAUCCUUACUAUAGGAGACCACAUCCCUUCUACUACACCACACCAAGUCCUUACUCCAAAAGACCACGUCCAUACUACUACGCCACACCACGUCCCUACUACUACGCCACACCGACUCCCUACUAUAGGAGACCACAUUCCUUCUACUACACCACACCAAGUCUUUACUACAAAAGACCACGUCCCUACUACUACGCCACACCGACUCCCUACUAUGGCAGACGUCCAUACUACUACGCCACACCACGUCCCUACUACUACGCCACACUGACUCCCUACUAUGGCAGACGUCCAUACUACUACGCCACACCACGUCCCUAUUACUACGCCACACCACGUCCCUACUACUACGCCACACCGACUCCCUACUAUGGCAGACGUCCAUACUACUACGCCACACCAACUCCCUACUAUGGCAGACGUCCAUACCACUACGCCACACCAACUCCCUACUAUGGCAGACGUCCAUACUACUACGCCACACCAACUCCCUACUAUGGCAGACGUCCCUAUUACUACGCCACACCACAUCCUUACUAUAGGAGACCACAUCCCUUCUACUACACCACACCAACUCCCUACUAUGGCAGACGUCCAUACUAUUACGCCACACCACGUCCUUACUACAAAAGACCACGUCCCUACUACGCCACACCACGUCCAUAUUAUGGCAGACGUCCAUACCACUACGCCACACCAACUCCCUACUAUGGCAGACGUCCAUACUACUAUGCCACACCAACUCCCUACUAUGGCAGACGUUCAUACUACUACGCCACACCACGUCCUUACUACAAAAGACCACGUCCCUACUACUACGCCACACCACGUCCAUACUAUGGCAGACGUCAAUACUACUACGCCACACCACGUCCAUAUUAUGGCAGACGUCCAUACCACUACGCCACACCAACUCCCUACUAUGGCAGACGUCCCUAUUACUACGCCACACCACAUCCUUACUAUAGGAGACCACAUCCCUUCUACUACACCACACCAACUCCCUACUAUGGCAGACGUCCAUACCACUACGCCACACCAACUCCCUACUAUGGCAGACGUCCAUACUACUAUGCCACACCGACUCCCUACUAUGGCAGACGUCCCUAUUACUACGCCACACCACAUCCUUACUAUAGGAGACCACAUCCCUUCUACUACACCACACCAACUCCCUACUAUGGCAGACGUCCAUACUACUACACCACACCACGUCCUUACUACAAAAGACCACAUCCCUUCUACUACACCACACCAAGACCUUACUACAAAAGACCACGUCCCUACUACUACGCCACACCAACUCCCUACUAUGGCAGACGUCCCUAUUACUACGCCACACCACAUCCUUACUAUAGGAGACCACAUCCCUUCUACUACACCACACCAACUCCCUACUAUGGCAGACGUCCAUACUACUACACCACACCACGUCCUUACUACAAAAGACCACUUCCCUACUACGCCACACCACGUCCAUAUUAUGGUAGACGUCCAUACUACUACACCACACCGACUCCCUACUAUGGCAGACGUCCAUACUAUACCACACCACGUCCAUACUAUGCUACACCUCCAUACUCCAAUACCACUAGUGACACCACAACAUAUUCCAAUAACAGCACAUUGCAGCAAACCUAAGCGGUUCUUCUACUUCUCUGCCUUUGAUUCCCUGUUUUAUUCUUUUUGGGUCACCAAACAAAUUUAGGAGGAAACAUUGUGGUUUGGAAACGUCUUAAGGUAGAACUGUAAACUGGUCACCCAUAACAUUUUGACCAACAGAAUGUUAUUGUUGCAACUGUCAGCGGGUGGGAGUCAUCCAUGUUGUUUUGAAGGACCAGUACUGAUUGUCAGGUGGUCAUGAUGUCAUUCCUGAUUAGUUAUGGUGAAGUUCCAGUUUCUCUUUCUCAUCAACAGACUCAACACUUUAGUUCUGACUUCCUUCAAACACAAUUCACGUCAUUCCAGAUGCUUUUUUAAUUUUCUGGCCAACCUUCUGCUUUGUUCCAGUUUCACAUAAACAAGAAAUGAAGACAAACAGGAUAAUCUAUUAUUAAUCUCUUACUUUUAUAAGAAGCAGCAAUUAUUUGUGUACAUUAAGCUCUUUUGUAUAAAAAUUGAGAACUGAUUCCUUAUCCAUUAAAGAUUUUUUGAUAUUUGAUGUUAGAGACUUGUUUAUAACAUUAUCCUAUAAACAGCUUAUGUUUUCAUUUAUUUCAAUGACUUUCUACUUCUACCCAUCUGACUAAAUGGUUUGAUUUGUCUUAACUGGAUUUUAGGUGGAUGUUUCUGUUUACCCAAUACAUCAUGGUGGGCUUUGCUCUUACAGCUCUGAAAUAUUACUGUAAAUGAAUAAAAUUUGAUUUUUGAAAUACUUA